AUGGCGGAGGUCCAGCAGCCAUCAAUGGGACAGAGUCAACCACGAGCAAUUCCUGUACAGGAUACAGCCUUGCAGAUACAACCUCCAGCUUCUACAAAACUUUCUCCCUCUGCGCCCAUAAAUCGUGUUCGCAAUUCGCAUCUCGCUUUAGAUACUUUUUCGCCUGUUAAUCAGAAUGGAAGUUUCGAGUUUGAUCGUGUUUUAAAGAGUGGUUAUGUGCAGAAACGAACGAGGAAAACAAAGGCGUGGAAACCUAUUUUUCUUGUCCUCCGACCAAAUUACCUCUCAAUCUACAAAGACCAGAAUGAAGAUAAACUGCGCCAUAAAAUCCAUCUUUCAGACUUAACAGCCGUCGCCUUCCUUAAAGAUCCCAAACAAAAACGGCGCAAUGUAUUCGGCCUCUUCACACCCUCUCGAAACUACCAUCUGGAAGCUACCACCAAAGGCGAUGCAGAAGAAUGGGUUAACCUCAUUCGCAAAGAAGCGCGAAUCGACGAAGAAGAAGAGGAAGAAAUGUUACUCGCCAGUCCUUCUGGUAAUAUAACUAGCACAUAUCCUGGAUUUGAUCAAGCCGUAGCGCACCAGCAAUUACAACGAAAAACUGAAGCCCAACUUCUACAUGAUGAAAGACUAGGAAGUAGUUCUCCGGAGCCAGCAGAUCCUUUGCCACGGACGAAUAAUAAACAAAAUAUAUCGGCAUUCGGAGGAGGCAGACGCCCAUCAAAUACAAUCGAAUAUUCUGGCAAUGAACUAGUAUCUGAUGCCGAAUUUUCAGAUACAGAUCUUGCGCGCCUACCCGGUAACUCGACUAUUUCUCUAAACCUACACAACCCUUCCAACAACCUAAACUCCAACCAAGAUCUUGAAGUGAAACCCCCUUCCUCCACACUUCCACUCGCACGCAAUACAUCCCAAUUAUCUCUCUCGCAACAUCCACUCCCCGAUCAAGACCCUGAACGUGUAGUCUAUCAAGGUUAUCUCCUCUAUUUACGCUCGAAAAACGGUAUUCGCUCCUGGAAAAAUCUUUGGGUAGUACUACGUCCCCGUUCUUUAUCCUUCUAUAAAAACGACUCGGAAUACUCACCGGUCAUGAUUGUACCCAUGGAAAACGUAAUAAAUGUUGUGGAAAUUGAUCCAUUGAGUAGGACGAAACCAUAUUGUUUUCAGGUGAUUAGUGAGGAAAGAAGUUUUAAGUUCUGUGCGGGAAGUGAAGGGGCACUGGUGAAUGUUUUAGGGGCGUGUAAGAGUUUGUUGGCGAGGAGAAAGGGGGGUGUGGGUGUGUAA